CCUGAGCGACUGGAGCUGGGUCAUGCAAGAGAAAUCCUGGCUUACAUGCCCGGAAAGAGGAGACGGCGAGCCAGCAAAGGGACCAGCAGGUGCUGAGCCGUGGAAACAGGAACAUACAUCCGGGAAGGCGGGCCUGCCCUUCCUCAUCAUUGAGACAAGCACCAUCAAGCCUUACCACCGAGGGUUUUACUGCAAUGACGAGAGCAUCAAGUAUCCUCUGAAAACCGGCGAGACCAUAAAUGAUGCUGUGCUCUGCGCCGUGGGGAUUGUCAUCGCCAUCCUCGCGAUCAUCACUGGGGAGUUCUACCGUAUCUACUACCUGAAGGAGAAGUCCCGGCCAGCGAUUCAGAAUCCCUAUGUGGCAGCCCUCUACAAGCAGGUGGGCUGCUUCCUCUUCGGCUGUGCCAUCAGCCAGUCCUUCACCGACAUUGCCAAAGUCUCCAUUGGGCGCCUGCGUCCUCACUUCUUGAACGUCUGCAACCCCGAUUUCAGCCAGAUCAACUGCUCCGAGGGCUACAUCCAAAACUACAAAUGCAGAGGGGACGACAGCAAAGUCCAAGAGGCCAGGAAGUCCUUCUUCUCUGGCCACGCCUCCUUCUCCAUGUACACUAUGCUGUAUUUGGUGCUCUACCUUCAGGCCCGCUUCACUUGGCGAGGGGCCCGCCUGCUCCGGCCCCUCCUGCAGUUCACCCUGAUCAUGAUGGCCUUUUACACAGGACUGUCGCGUGUGUCCGACCACAAGCACCAUCCCAGCGAUGUGCUUGCAGGAUUUGCUCAAGGAGCCCUGGUGGCCUGCUGCAUAGUUUUCUUUGUGUCCGACCUCUUCAAGACCAAGACGACACUCUCCCUGCCUCCCCCUGCUCUCCGGAAGGAAAUCCUUUCGCCUGUGGACAUUAUUGACAGGAACAAUCACCACAACAUGGUGUAGGUGCUGCCCACCUCCUGAGCUGUUUUAUAAAAUGACUGCUGACAGCAAGCUCUUGCUGCUCUCCAAUCUCAUCAGACAGUAGAAUGUAGGGAAAAACUUUUUGCCCAACUGAUUUUAAAAAGGAAAAAAAAAAAAAGUCUUAUUUUGUGGCCUUCCAAAAUAGGUAGCAUUCACCUAUGUGGAAACAACAGCAAACUAACACCAAGUGCCGAAAUCCUGGAUGUGCAAUUGGUCUAAGUGUUCAUGUUCUAGUGAACACGGGCUUGUUCUGGAACAGACACUAAAAUGAUUUGAGUAGGGUCUGCCAGUCACGCUUGUGACCCGAGGAGCCCCAGGCCUGUGAGAAAAGAUCAAAUUCACAUUGUAGCACACAAUGCCAGAAGUAGCACUGAAUCAAGAAAACAGCCAUUGGGCGGGCUCCUGUCUCGUGUCUCUCUGUCCACACCACUCUGAUCUGUGCUGUGACUUUGGUUCGGGAAGGUUGGUUUUGUUUUGUUCAAUAUAAGGGCAGAGCAGGUGUGCUAAGUCAGGCCACGCGAUCCCGAAUCUGGAUUCCCAGUCCUGAGGCCUUUCUCCCUCCCUCCCCCGGCCCCCAGGCCAGCAGCCACAGCCCCUCACUUUAGCGAUUAGGAGACUCUUUGUGGAUGAGUGAGUUUCACAAAUAGCACAAUUUCAAAAGCGAUCGAGGGUGCUGGCCCUCCUUUGUCUUCUCUGGCCGCAUCAUUGGGUGAUGCGGGACGUCAGCAGCGGGAUGCCCCUGUUGUGUUCACCAGUCACUCGGCACCUUCACACUCUUGCUAACAGUUAGCUUCGGUCACUGCUUUCUCCCUGGAAGUCCUUGCUGUGUGCCCCCCGGGGUCUCCCGGGAGGGUCCCGACACCAGCAAAGGCAUGCUCUGCCGUCGGCUGGCGGGAAGCAGCCUUACGUACAAGAGACGUGGGAGCGAAUGGGCAAGAAUGAAAAACUCACCAACCUUUUGGCUACUCAGAGUCAGAAUGAGCCAGAGCAGCAGAUGGUCUCGUGCCUGAGAGGCGGCCCUUCCAGAUCUCGGAGCGGACGAGCGUCUCUGCGGGGGCUGCUCUUGCGAAGCUGUGUAAAGCACUAUUGUCUUGGGGUUGAUCUCUAGGGCAGUUCUCGGUAGGUUCUGCUGGGCAGAACACAUGGGUUAAAUCUCCGUAGAGUUUUUCCUCAUCCUCUCUCCGUAAGUGUCCUUCCAAGCAAGGUCCCACGCGGGGCAGUAGACAGGGAUCCUUUCUACUGAACCUUCGAGGAAAGGAGGAAGGAAGAAAUGCUUUCAGAUCGCGGGUGCAAACCUUGCAAAGGGCUAAAUGUAACCACAUGGAUCAAGCACAUGUACAUCCUUACUCCAGAAGCCGUCCUUUUCAUUUCCACUUCUAGCAAGCUAUGAUUUUUAUAUAUAAAUAUUAUAUAAAUAAUGUAUAAAACAUUAAAAGUUAACUAUGUAAGAUAUUAUUUCUGAAACAAUUUUAGCUACAUCCACUAUGAUUAUAAACUGUCUCGACCUGUGUUAUUUACAUUAGCUGCUUAAAAAAGCAUGGAGUUAAUUUUUUUUUUUUUAAUAUCAACUAAAAUAUCGUAGUUCUGUGGUAGACAUUGUUUUACAAUGAAAGAAAUAACUGCAACUAGAGAAAACUGUAUAAAAACAUUAAAGUGUCAGUAUUUUUGUAAGGUUCCAUUUUGUAAAGAGAAUAAUAUUCAAAGACUUUUGUAGAAUACAAAGUGAAAACUUGUAUCUGCGAAACUACACUUGUAUUAAAUGUGCUUUUUAAAUAAAAGCUCAUAACCCAACUAAUGAAGGGGCUGGAA